AUGCCGGCCCAAACUUCCGGGACGUUCAUAGCGCCAACACCGCGGCGCAGCAGCCGCCCCGGUGCUGGUCGUCGCCCUGCACCGGGUUUAGAGCGCACGUCCCAGGUAUUGGACAGAUGCACCGAGACGCUCCCGGAACUUGCGUCGAAAAGUGCAAGCACAAACGUCGACGAUCAGCUAGGAAACAGUCGAUCAGCUGAUCGACCGCACUUUAUCAUUCGUGCGGCUGGUGAGCAGGGACGUGUGGACCACUACCUGAAAGUGCGAAAGCGGCUGUUUGGUUCUUUCGCAAUAUACAAACUUGGACUGGAUCUGAACUUGCGCACAGGCGAACUCCUCUUCCGUUCAUCGUGUAAGGAUCGUCUCAUUGGCGGUAAACUUACCAUGCGGAACGCUGAGUUGCGUUGGACCAAAACCUGGCGUUUCGAGAGCUUGCGGUUGGUGUGUGGCGGGGCGCUGCACGCGCUAUCGGGCGCCAGCAACCUCUUUAUGCAUAUAUCAGUCCGCGGCCAGUCACGUGGAACACAAGACUUGCCAGGAUUUUACUGUUCAGCAGAGGUUCCACCACGAAGUCGGCUGCAGCCGUCACAUGGUAUCCAGCUGCAGCUGAAAGGUUCCAUUGAGCUUCCCGAGGCGUCUUACGUCGUCAGCCCAGAGGCUUGGCAGGCGCAGUACUCGAAUAUCGUCGGUCAUCUGCGAGAAGCAAACGUCAUUGUCCGACUGGACUGA